ACUCUUCACAAUACAAAUCCCUGUGCACAGCAAGUCAGCAUGUUUGCACGCUCUGAGCUUUGCAGGCUGGAGACUGUAGUCCCGUUCAGUCAAGAGCCACCGGCCCGGGUGAUUACAACAAGAGGACAAGAACCACGUAGCCCAGCAUGACUCUCCACACCUGCCUAUGUAUCCAGUGGUCACUGGGCGAACUGAAACGCUGACCAAUCGGAUGGGUUGGUGAUCUCUUCACCCUAACAUUUAAAUGCCUCAAAAACUCUUUAUCAGCAUUUAUCUUGUGAUUUAGUUAAGUGGAAUAGUUUUGGAUUGACUGCAACUGCUGGUGUUGGAUCAAGAAUCAUCUUUGUGGGAUUUCUAAUUUUUCAGCACACAGGUAAUGAAUUUUUACACAUGAUCCAUAUAUAAUACUAUUUAACAUGAUCUUGUCUAUACUUUUUUCUUAAGAUGUGUAUCAGUGAUCAAUACGGUCUCAUGAGGUUCUGUUUGACUUUUCUAAAGAGCUGCUGCUGGCCAUGAAUCCGGGCAUUCGGGUCUGUGUGCCCACUGUGGCCCUGCUGGGCAUGUUUUGCAGGGGUUGCCUGAGCAGGGUGCAGAGUUUGCCCCGUCGCAGCUUCAGCACUUUGCACAAGCGAAUGAGCAGGUGGAACAGUGUGGAGACCAGCGGCCCGCUACCUUCUCAGGAACACCCUCGUGUCCUCAUCACAGGUGGCCUUGGGCAGUUAGGUGUGGGGCUUGCACAAUCACUGAGAAAAUUGUAUGGACGAGAGAACGUCAUCCUGUCAGACAUCAAGAAGCCUCCGCCUCAUGUUUUCACCAGUGGUCCAUUCGUAUACGCUGAUGUGUUGGACUACAAGCACCUUAGAGAAAUUAUUGUAAAUAAUCGAAUCACUUGGCUCGUCCACUACAGCGCUUUGCUCAGUGCUGUUGGCGAGGCUAAUUUGGCUUUGGCACGCAAGAUCAACAUCACAGGCCUUCAUAACGUGCUGGACUUGGCACUGGAGAACUGCCUGCGCCUCUUUGUCCCCAGCACCAUCGGAGCGUUUGGCCCCACUUCUCCACGGGACCCGGCCCCAGACCUCUGUAUCCAAAGACCUCGAACCAUUUACGGCGUGUCCAAAGUGCAUGGGGAGCUGAUGGGAGAGUAUCUCCAUCAUAAAUAUGGCCUGGACUUCCGCUGCCUACGUUACCCAGGUGUGAUAUCAGUCAACAGUUCUCCUGGAGGAGGAACCACAGACUACGCUGUUCAAAUCUUCCACGAUGCUCUCAGCACGGGUCACCACGAGUGCUACUUGCGACCUGACACUCGUCUACCCAUGAUGCACGUCUCUGACUGCCACCGUGCCACAGUGGAGUUCAUGCAGGCGCAGGAGUGCCAAAUGUCCCUGCGUACCUACAACAUAGCUGCCAUGAGUUUCACUCCGGAAGAAUUGGCCCAAGAAAUACGCAAGCAUCUCCCCCAUCUCAAGGUCACCUACAACCCCGAUUCUGUCCGCCAGAACAUCGCGGACAGCUGGCCGGUCAGGUUUGAUGACACCAACGCUCGCAGAGACUGGGGCUGGGCACCAGCCUUCGGGCUGGAAGAGCUGGUGUCCGACAUGUUGCACUUCAUUCGAGCCAAGAGGACCAAUAAGGGUUUGCCAGUCAGCUAGCAAACCCUGCUCCACAGAGACUGACCAAUGCCCUACCCCUACACGAACAAUACACUAUCUCUCACUUCACUUUUCCGAAAGUGUUUCUCUGGAACAUUACAGCAAUGAGCCAGUGUCUGUUAGGUGUAAUUCAUAGUUAGAAGCCCUCAGAAUACAGUGGAUAGUGAGAUUCCACACGCAUGCACACAAUGACACACAUCUCAGUCUUUUUCAGGGAAUAAUAUGCUGUCAAACCUUCUCUCCAUCUUUGUUGUUUUCUAAUCGUGAUGGUGGUACCAGCAUCUCUCAGAUGCAAAAGAAAAUCAUUUGUUUCGUAAGCUUCAGAGAUUUCCAAAUAUCAUACAAUCACUUGCAUGGACUCACCAGUCUGUUAAAUGUCUGUUACAAUGUCUAAUACAAUAUGGACCAGUCGCAGAUUGAAAGUAUCAAAGCUGUUGUAUACUUUGAUUCCACAAUUAUCUGGAAUGGCUGGCUCAGUUAGCUCUGGACUGAAAUGACACAUCAUGUAUUCUGGCUGUUUCGUAAUAUCAAGUGAAAAUCACACACUGGACACAAACCCACUACCCUUGCUUUGGCAUCGAGCAGGAAGCCUUUAGUUUACUGUCUUCUGGCCAGCAGUGUGAUUUUGAUUAUGAAUAUGCAACAAUAACAAGCCUUAUUGACUGUAGAUUACUUUUGGAAAACGGUCUAAAAUGCAGUGUUGUUUGAAUCAGACUUUGAAUAAUAAAAAAUGUAAUUUACCUAAAUAGCAGUGAUCAUUAUAUAUGGCUCAAGGUCAUGUAUUCAAGAGAAUGUAAAAUAUACAAAAAUAUAUAUUAAGAUGGUUACUGGGUACAAUGACUAUAACAUGAGGAUUUACAUUUUAAGGUAUCGGAUACUUGACUAGUACUUGAUUACAUUACAAAUAAUUUUUAGUUGUGUAAGUGAAAAAGUUUAGUUUAAAAAUAAAUUGAAAAAAAAAAAAAAAAAAUAUUGACAGUACAGUGGCCAAUCAGGUUUCAGCUGGGGCCAGUCCCCCCCUGCCCCCUACAUUUCCAACAAUAACCUUUUUUUUUUUAACAGCACUACAUUCAAAACACAACUAUAACUUGGGUUACAUGGUAGCACUGGUGACCCGAGCACCAAUAGUAAUUAAAACAAUUCAGUUAAAGAAAUCAGUAAGGGGUUAACUUCAAUAUUUUUACUGUGAUGAAGAAACUAGCAGUUUUUUGUAGGAUAUCUUUUUCUGCCAUGUUGAAUGUUGUUGUGCCAUUUGAUGUUUUGAUUUAGUGCACACAUACCUCAUUUGAAUGUGUUCCUGAGAAGU